AUGGUUAAAGCAAAGGGUCGCGCGAAGAAAUUCCAGGACGCCGACGAGCCUAUCGCCAGGGAUUACGAUCCUGAGGCCAAUGUCGAGGCGAGCGAGCAGGGCAGCGGAAGCGAAGAUAGCGAGGACGAGAACGCCGGCACCGAGCACUAUGUUUCCGUCGGAAAAAGUAAGCUGAGGAAGCAGGAUGGCCUGUCGCUUGGUCCCCAGUACCGAGGUUCGCGCGUCUCGCGAGAUGCUCUCGAAGAGAGCGCAUCCGAGGAGGAGGAGGAGGACGACGACGAUGAGGAAGAGGGCGAUGAAGAAUUUGACGACCCUGAGACCGCCGAUCUUAAGCGCGACGAAGCUGAGGCCAACGACUCAGAGAUUUCGAGCGAUGAUGCCCUAGGCGAGAGCGACGAGGAGCACUUCAAGGACUUUACUUUCCGCGGCAGUUCCAAGCCCAAAAAGCCUGCUUCCAAGAGAGCCACUGCCGCCGACUAUAUGUCAUCUUCCGAUAAUGGCGAGGAUGACGCUGGUGCAGAGCUUGAGGGCUCCGACUCUGAGGAAGACGACAUGGAUGAUGGUCUGGACGCUCUUGUCGAUGGCGAGGACUCCGAAGAUGAUGAAGAGGAGGAAGACGACGAAGAAGAGGGCUCUGGCGAGGACGGAGAGGAUGACGAAGAUGACAGCUCCAGCGAUGAGGAGGACUCCAAGGCCAAGGCUCAAAACGCAAAGCCCAUGAUAGCAGCUCUGUCAACCCGACCUGACGUCGACAAGGGUCUUGCCAUUCGCCAACAGCGCAAGGCCUACGAUGGACUCCUGAACAUUCGAAUUCGUCUCCAAAAGGCCCUCAUCGCCGCCAACACCUUCGAGACCCUCGACGCCAGCCCCGAGCCCGAAUCGGAACCCUACGAGGCCGCUGAAGAGGCUGCCAUCAAGCUCCUCAACACCAUCAGCAGCCUCAAGGACAACUUCGGGCCCUCCCACGCUGGUGAGAAGCGCAAGCGCGAGUUGAAUGUUUCCAUGACUACAAACCAGAUCUGGGAGCAGAUGCAGGCAGAGGAGGAGAGAGCUAUCAAAUCUAGAGAGGAUCGCUUGGAGAAGUGGUCUCGCAAGGUCCAAUCUGUCAACGUCACGGCGCCAAAGGGUCUCGAGUCGCGAAACAAGACACUCAUCAGCGCUCUCAAGGAUCAACUUAUCGACCCCGAAAACCGUCUCGCCAAGCGCUCUCGUACCCCUCGCUCAUGCGCUCCCGCACAGGCUGCCAAGGGCAUCUCAGAAGACAGCGACAUUUACGACGACGCCGAUUUCUACCAACUUCUCCUCAAGGAGCUUGUCGACCAGCGAACAGUGGAGGGCUCAUCAGGAGCUGGCGCUGGCGAGGCCGUGCCCACAGUGGUUCUCACAGCAGCCAAGGAUGUCAAGAACCGCAAGAACGUCGAUCGCAAGGCAAGCAAGGGCCGCAAGAUGCGCUUCACUGUCCACGAGAAGAUGCAGAACUUCAUGGCUCCCGAGGACCGACGUGCGUGGGAGCAAGGCGCUAUUGACCGUUUCUUCGGCACACUGUUCGGUCGCAAGAUGCAGCUCAACGAGAACGAGAGCGACGACGAGAUGGAAGAUGUUGAAGAGGCGGGACUUAGACUGUUCAGAAACUAG